GUGGAGCUAGACAUUUUCCAGAUUUUACACACAGCACACAGGUGUUCGUGGUCAGAGUGGAACCAUCACCUAGGAGUUUCUUGAGCACAGUGGCAGGUGGAGGACAGCAAGACAUUUUCUGAACAAGUUGAAGGGGAGGGAACAGCCCAGGCACGGAAGACAAUUCAAGUAUAAGAGUCCCCAGACAGCCCGUGCGUGCACUUGUGUUGCCAAGAGAACCAUGGGGUUCAAAACCUCUCUGCUGAGACAGCGUGCCCUGAGGAGGAAGUGAAGAGACCAGAACAGCAACGCGGUAACAUGUCUGAGUUCCAGCAGAUGACGGAAAGCUCCAUCCUUUGUGCAAGGGAGGUCCUGCGGGACAACUACAAGAACCUGCUCCAAGUGGCAGAUUACUGCGAGAGCAACUAUGAGGGGGCACAAGACAAGCGGAAAGCCCUAGAGGAAACCAUGGCCUUCACUACUCAAUCUUUAGCCAGUGUGGCUUACCAAAUCAGCACCCUGGCCAAUGACAUCCUCAAAAUACUGGACUUGCAGGCUACUGAAGUACGGCAAGUGGAGGCCAGCAUCUGCUCUGUCGCGCAGGUGGUAGAAAUGCACAAGGAAAAAGUGGCUCGUAGACAGAUCGGGAUGCUUGCCGUUUGCAAGAGAUUUCCGCACUACCAGAAAAUCAUCUAUCCGGACCACCUUGAGCCCCUGGGAACGUAUUACAGGAAACCGCUGAAUUUUAGCAGUUUGGAUGACAUUGGACAUGGGAUGAAGGAUCAAAGCACACAGCUGGCCAGAACGGGGACUCUAGGUAGGAGAGGAACCAAAACAUCUGCUGGGCAGUCUCCUGGGAGCCUCAGGAGAAGCCACCGGACCCUGGAGCCAAUACAGACCCCCAUUGUCCCGGAUACCAAACAACCAUCAGCUUCACUGGGGUCAUCCCCGAGCAGUUCUACUGGAGCAAUGGACAGCAUCAGUUUGAGGGUGCCUACUGAACCGCCUCCUCCACCCCCUUCUUUGCUGUCACUAUUUCCUCCCCCAAUGGAAGCAGAUGACAUUCCUCUUCCUCCUCCUCCUCAAGCAGAUAUAUUGCCACCGCCGCCGCCACCUCUAGCAAUAGAUGAGUUGCCUCCACUGGAUCUCCCUGCACCAGAACCGGAUUUCCCAGCAUCCCUUCCACCACCACCUCUGGACGUUACGGAUCUUGAACCAUUGGGACCUCCAGUCUUGCCCCCUCCACCCCCUCCGGAAAAAUUGCCAUGGGCCCCGGAUACUUAUCUGGAAAAAGUGGUGACCCUCUACCCUUAUGCACAGCAGAAAGAGAACGAGCUCUCAUUUGAAGAAGGGGCCAUUCUUUACAUGACUCGAAGGUACUCUGAUGGAUGGUGCGAGGGGGUGAGCAGUGAAGCUGAGGGCUUGUUUCCAGGGAACUACGUGGAACCUUUGCAGUGACGGAGACGAAUGAAAAGCAAGAGCUUCCACUGUCAAGCACUACAGAGAACAGCUCACCAAAAGUUGCAUUUAAUGCAGAUGCCUUGCUCUGAUGCUGAAUUGAGCAGGCAGGAGAGAUCCUGGGUGGGUGGAGUCAGGUUGACCCAUCAUCCUGUAAGCCAGGCUGAUAAUAAAGCAGGGUGUAGGGUUAAAGGUAGGUUGGAUGUUUCUCUUGUUUAUUGCAAUUGAAGACGUGUGGCUUAGUUGUUACUUGGGCUUCCCACUACAUUGCACUGUAUUUAAGCAGUUAUACAGUCACCAGCCAUAUCUCCAUUUUCUCCAACUCUCUCAUGAUUAAACAGGCCUAAAGAGCAUUGAAGGGCAUUGUGUGGUCUUUUCCCUGGAACUCCCAGCAGGUAGUGCUAUUGCACUGCCUAAAGGAACGACCAGUACAAGGAGGUUGGCGUUUAGGCAGGAAGACAUAGGACUGGACAGAUGCUUGAGGAUGAUCUAAGGUUGAACACUGCUUUUUUAGUAGCUCAGGAAGGUCUAAAGUUGACAAGUGGCCCAUUCUUUUAGCACUGCACAAACACACAAGCAGGAACUUAGUCUCUGUGAGAGCAGCAGGAUAAGUGGCAACAAAAGCUAAAAGAACAGAACAAAAAUAGGGCGCUUUGGAUUGCUCCUUACAAGCUAAGGAUAAAACUGUGCAUUACAUGUAACUUCCAGCAGGGUGCCUG